AUGGCAUUGGCACAAGCACAAUCAUCAGGAAACUGUUCUUCACAAUGCGGAGUAGUGGACAUUCAAUAUCCAUUUGGGAUCGAACCCGGUUGCUCUGUCGACAACUGGUUCGCCGUAGAUUGCAACUCGAGCAAACCAUUUUUGAGGAGUAUCAAUUUGGAAUUGCUUGAAAUUUCAAUACUAACAAACACCAUGAGAGUCAAUCAUCCGAUAUACAAUUCUUGCCAGAAUGAAUCAACUAGUCAAUUUGUUAACUUGGACACAACCCCUUUUGAAUUCUCCUCCGGUUCUUCGAACAGAUUCACCGGCGUAAGUUGCAGCAAGCUUGCCUCCAUUUCCACCAACAAUUCGUUUAUUUCAGGAUGCUUCUCCAUGUGUAAUGAAAAUGCCACAAAUUUAGGGGUAAAUAGUAGUUGCCAAUCCGGCAUCAACUGUUGCCAGACCACAAUUAGUUCUCCUCUCAAGAACUUUAAUGUAUCCGUCGAGGCUCCUCAAAGCAGCAUCAUCAGUAAUGGAGGAAGACAACAGGAUUGCAAUUAUGCCUUUUUGGUGGAUCAAAAUUGGUUUGGAAACAACUUAACCAAUCUUCAAGAUCUUCAGAGAAUGACGCACGUUCCGGUCAGACUCAAUUGGGGAAUAGACAGUUCUUCAUUCAAUCGGUCAGCUGCUUUGAAUAAUUCAACAAGCUUUACAUCAACCUCUAGUUGUACUUCUGGGAGUAGCAUUGUUCAAUGUAAAUGCUUCGAACAUUACCAAGGAAAUCCCUAUCUUCUUAGAGGAUGUCAAGAUAUUGAUGAAUGUAACUUAGGCUAUUGCCCACCAUUUAUGAUUUGCGAAAAUUAUAUAGGAGGCUACAGUUGCUACCCAAAGAAAGAGUCAAAGGUUUUCGUGAUCGUUUUUGGUACAGGCAGAGGCCUUGUAGGUUUGAUUUUACUUAUUGUUGGAAUAUGGUGGUUGCUCAAUAUAAUAAAGAGAAAAAAGGAGAUCAAGCUCAAGGAGAAGUACUUCGAACACAAUGGUGGUUUACUUCUACAACAACAGUUAAUUUCUUCUGAUGGCAGUGUGGAUAGAAACAAACUGUUCAAUUCAAAAGAUUUAGAAAAGGCCACCGAUCAUUUUAACGUGAAUCGAAUACUUGGUGAAGGUGGUCAAGGUACUGUUUACAAGGGAAUGUUGACAGAUGGAAGAAUUGUUGCAGUAAAAAAAUCAAAAAUAGUUGAUGAAGUUGGUAAGGUUGAUGAGUUUAUCAACGAGGUUGCCAUUCUUUCACAAAUCAAUCAUAGGAAUAUAGUUAAGCUUUUGGGUUGUUGUUUGGAAACUGAGGUCCCUUUACUAGUUUAUGAAUUCAUCCCCAAUGGAACCCUUUUCCAUUAUCUUCAUGGUCAAAUUGAAGAGCUUUCACUCACAUAG